AUGUACCACUAUCUUGAUCGACGUGCUCUUGCUAUCACUGCAACUGGAAAAGUUGAAGUUGCAGGAGAACAUCCUGAUGACACCAUCAAUGCUGAGAACAUCAACUCGACUGCCUUGCUGGACAAUUUUGAGAAUACGAACAUGGUGGCCAACAAUGGUGUAUCCAAGUGUGUCAUUUCUGGAGAAUAUCGUACUGUUCAACACACAAGAGAAAUUCGUUUGGAUUCAUCAGUUGAAAAUUGGACGGCUACUAACACAAACCCUCUACUUCCGGAGAAACUAUUGAUUCGUGUGAAGCCGGUGAAUGAUACAGUUCAUCUAAACAGUGCUACUAGUUCUGGUGACGAUCUCAAGUACAAGAUUGUUGUGAAGCUGAACUACCUUGUCGAGUUCAAGGAACUUCCUGUCGGUCUACGUUAUCCAGUGCAGAGACAACCUUUGACUGUUACAAUUGCUGCUGACGUGGAGUCUACAAACUAA